AUGACCGUUUCUUCGUAUUUUGCAAAACUCGACGACUCGCCUCCUGACCCCAUCGCCCAGCUUAUGGAGGCGUCGGCUGCCGACCCCAACCCAGACAAAAUCGACGUCUCCAUCGGUGUCUACAAGUGUGACAAGGGAAACCCCCACCACUAUGUGUUUCCAUGCGUGGAGCAGGCAAAGAAGCAAUUAGCCGAAAAGGACCCUGGCCACUGCUACACAAACAUGACGGGUAUCCCAGCCUUCCGUCAGCUGGCCCAGCGCACCAUCUUUGGUGAAAACCACGACAAUGUUGUCUCUCUCCAAGCCAUCUCUGGCCUGGGCUCUUUGCACUUUGCCUUUGCCUUUUUGAGAGCCGUGGGUCUCAAGGACUUCUACGUGGGCGUGCCUGCCUGGGGCAACUACCAGGGCAUGAUCGAGCACGUUGGUGGUGUUUUCCACAGCUACAAAUACUUCGACGAAGCUUCUCGUGGAGUGGAUUUUGCAUCCACCAUCGAGGCGCUUAAAAACGCUCCUGCACGUUCUGUCUUUGUCCUCCAGGCAGUCUGCCACAACCCGACCGGUUGCGACUACACGCAGGACCAGUGGCUGCAAAUCAUCACCUUGCUUAAAGAAAGAGACUUGUUCCCUGUGUUUGACAUUGCCUACCAGGGUUUCGCCAGCGGCUCGGUUGACACCGACGCUUGGGCCAUCAGACAGGCCUACGCCUCAGGCAUCGAGUUCAUGGUGUGCCAGAGUUUCUCGAAAAACAUGGGCCUCUACGCAGAGAGAGCUGGCUGUCUCCAUGUGGUGGUCAACGACAAGGACAGUGUGGCCAACGUCACCUCGCAAUUGACUGCUCUUGCCCGUCACGAGAUCUCUUUUGCUCCUGCCUUUGGCGCCAGAGUUGCCACUAUAGUUCAAACCGACCCUGCCAUUCUGGAGCAGUGGAAGACGGACGUUGCCGACGUUUGCAACCGUAUUAAGCAGAAAUUGAUCCUGGAACACUCCAUCUACCUCACAGCCAACGGCCGUAUCAACGUGGCCGGCCUUAAUCUGUCUAAUUUGGACGCCUUCUGUCGUGCCGUUGACGCCGUCGUCAGAAAGUAUCCUGCCGCUUAG